AUUCAACUCCUCUUCUCAUCACCCCAUAAGAUCCCAGCUAACUCCUCGUCGCUUUCAUCUGCGUCGCCAUCUGCUAAAAUAUCCUGUUCUGUCUCGCCCUUCUUCCAGCUAUAGAUACUUCCUUACUUCACCGCAACCAUGGCCGCACCACAGCAAAUCCGCACUAAACUCACCGACCUGCUGAAGAUCCAGCAUCCUGUCAUUCUUGCCGGAAUGAACGUGGCUGCUGGACCCAGGCUUGCUGCUGCCGUCACCAAUGCCGGAGGUCUUGGUGUUAUCGGUGGUCUCGGAUACACACCAGAUAUGCUCCGUGAGCAGAUCGCUGAGCUCAAGGGAUACCUGACCGACAAGAAUGCUCCCUUCGGUAUUGACCUGCUUCUUCCCCAGGUGGGAGGCAACGCCCGCAAGACCAACUACGACUACACAAAGGGCAAGUUGGGCGAGCUCAUCGAUGUCAUCAUCGAGUCCGGCGCCAAACUCUUCGUCUCCGCCGUUGGCGUGCCACCCAAGGCCGUCGUCGACAAGCUGCACAAGGCGGGCGUUCUAUACAUGAACAUGAUCGGACACCCCAAGCACAUUCAAAAGUGCCUGGAUAUCGGUGUUGACAUCAUUUGCGCGCAGGGAGGCGAGGGUGGAGGCCACACUGGUGAUGUCCCCACAUCUGUCUUCAUCCCAGCCGCAGUCAAGAUGGUUGAGGGCCACAAGUCGCCUUUGACCGGCGAGCAGGUCCAAGUCGUAGCUGCUGGUGGUAUCUACAGCGGUCAAUCACUUGCUGCCAUGCUCGCCUUUGGUGCGACCGGUGUGUGGGUUGGAACACGCUUCAUCCUCUGCGAGGAGGCUGGUGCGCCAAAGGUUCACCAGGAAGCCGUCCGCACCGCUGGCUGGGACGACAACAUCCGCACAAUCAUCUUCACCGGACGACCCCUCCGUAUCCGCAACAACCCAUACGUCAACAACUGGGAAGAGAACAGGCAACAAGAAAUCAAGGAGCUCACCAGCAAGGGCAUAAUACCCGUCGAGCACGACCUCGAGAAGAUGGGCGACGAUGUCGAUGAUGAGACUAUGGAUAAUGCCCGACCCUUCCUCAUGGGCAAGGUUGCUGCCGUUGUCAAUGAGAAGAAGACCGCCAAGGAGAUUGUUGACGAGCUUGUCACUGAUGCCGUCAAGGCGCUCCAGGACGGAAACUCGUUGAUUGUAUCCAAGCCUAAGCUUUAAGCGUUGAUUUUUGUCUGCAUUCAUAUCUGAUCUUGUUGUUUUUUGUUCUAGCAUGAAUACUGGAUACCUGAUUGUACACUCGAGAAUCAGUAUUUUGUUGAGAUAUUGAGCAAUUUUUGCACUGUUUUUCGGGUUGUAGUAUUGUCUCACAAUUAUGAUGUCACCCUGCAAGGCUAUAGAGGUCACGAAGGAAGAGAGAAUAUAUGAUUAAGAAGAUGAUUGC